AUGCAACACGAAAGAGAGAGAACCACGUUGAUACAGGCCGUGCUGCUGAUGACUUUUUACUCCUCUGACACAGAAGAUAAGACAGGCCCGUGGCAUUGGAUCGGAGUCGCUAUUGGUCUAAGUCAGACAGCUGGACUACAUCGGAACCCUCACUCCACUGCAAGUCGUAUACCGCAGCACCGUCAGAGACUCUGGCGACUUAUCUGGUGGUCAUGCGUCCAUCAAGAUGUAUGGUUUUCCGUUGGCAUGGGCAGGCCAGUACGUAUUAACUUGGACGAUUGUGACACACAACUGCCAGUCGCUGCUGAUUUGGAUGCGUUAGCAUUAGGUGUUUCGGAUACACUUCGCGAAAAGUACCUUCCGGCUGGCAUGCGCGAAUUAUCCGAGCUCUUUGUUGAGUUGAUAAAUCUUGCAAUCAUCCAAUCUAACAUAUUGUCAACGCAUUACCGAGCUCGCCAGAUUAGGCCGAGUACAGCCGAUGUGAUGGAGGUUGAGAAGAGAAUAGCAACAAUACAUGGAAAAGCGCGCUGGUUCAUAAGCUCUGAAAAUCUUAUGAUUUACUAUUAUGCAUGCCAUCUGGCGCUGUUUUCACAGUCGGUUCUAACUGUCUUGUAUCGGCCUUAUCUUCUGAGCUUGACCUACAAACAUUCAUCUAGCCUGUCUCAGGAAUGGUACUUAUCAAUAGAGCGGAAAGCUCAGGCUGCUGCUGCAGGUUUUAACAAAAUACUGGAAGCCUUGAUAACUGCAGAUAUGGUCAUGGAAUGUCAGAAUAUUAUGUCAGUACAAAACCUGACCUUCAUGUUUCGGAUUUGA